AUGGAUGAUGUACAAAAUGAUAGAGAAAAUAAAAAGAGUAAAGCAACAUCAACAAACCCAAUAUCAUCAUCGUCAUCAUCAAUAUUCAAUGCUAUAUUGAAUCAAUCUUAUAUUAGAAGACUGGUAUUCAAUCAUGUUAGUUCUAUUCACAAACAGUUGGGUAUUAAAGCUGUUAGAUUAUCAUCCCUUCAUACCAUGUUGGAAUACAUUCAAUAUGGUUUGAAUGAUCUAUUCUUUAAACAAAUAGAUACACUUUGGAGAAUGAUGUUUGCAUCAUCUGAUGGUAUUUAUAGAGCAAAUAAUGAUAUUCUAACUAAAAUGAUAGUAAAAACGAUUGAUUAUCAAAACGAUAAAGUAUUGGAAUACUUAUUAAAUAGAAUCAAGAAUGAAAUGGGACCAUUUCAAACAACGGUUAUGAUCGUAUACACUAGUUCUAAAUACCAAAUCGAGUAUCUAUCUUUAAAAGUAUAUAAUCUGUUGGUUGAUGACAAUGUAUUCAUAGAUUCAAGCCAUUUAUUACAGAGAAUGGCCAAGACUGCUGUAUCUUUGAUUGGUGAUGUCGAUGGGAUAAGAAACUUGUUCAAGAGAUACAAUCUUUCAAACCUCGAUUUUCUAUUUCGCAAUGAUGAAAAGUUACCAACAAUCAAAGAUUUAUUCAAGAAAAAGACAGAUAUCGAAUUGAUUGAACUGUGUAAUGUUGUGGCUACUGUCAACAAAAUGACCGAUAAAAGGAAGAGGGGUUUUAACAAUGGUGGAGUGAACCAAGUUGAUAUUGUUUUGCCAGCCAUUCUCCAAGACCGUCUCAAAGUCAUGGAGCACUUUGCCAUGAAACCAAAACCUCUCACGAGAAACAUCAUCUCUGAAUAUUCUCCACAACUCUUUUCACCAUACUCUUCCAAAUCGAUUCGAGACAAUGAAAGAAAGAAAGAAAUCCACAGGAUCAUAUUAUUGCAUUCGAAUGGGCAUGACGACUUGACCCAAGGACUUGACGACCAAGGAUUGAUGGACAAGAUCAGUGAUGGAACAGAUAUUGAGUAUCUACGAUACAUAUCAUCACCACAGACGCCUGACGCCGCUGACCAUUUCAAGCAAUUGGCUCAACAAAGUUAUUUAUCAUCUCGGGUACUGGAAUCUGAAUGUGUAGAAGAGGUUUUCUCAUUGUUCUUGGAUCACGCACGUAUGGAUAGUACCUUUGGAAUGAGAAUCGGUCAUAUCCAGGGGAUUCCUCCAGUCCUUUGCUCGCGUCAUUAUAUCGAUCUCUUGUCUCUGCACGUUGGUUAUGUUAGCUAUGGUACCUGUAAUAUCCUCCGAUCGGCUAUCCAACAAGCUACAACAGCCGGAAACAACCUCUAUGACCACCUCGACUAUGUCCUCAACUCCAAGUUUUGUGAAAAACUCGACCUCGAUUUAGCAGAAGGGGUUGCAGCGGUCGUCGAGAUGGGUGGCAUAGAUACUGAUCGUUUGAUCAAGAGACUGGUCACAUUUGCCAAACAAUCUUCAGGAAAGUGUCAUUUCCCAAUGGAGUCGGUUCACAAGUACACACUACACGAUUACCAAGGACGCGAUCAAUUCAUAUCGGCUGUUAAAAGAAUACUCGACAAGAUAGAUUUCGAUGAACAUUAUGGUCAACCUAUUUUCCGGUUUGGAAGUGAGAGUCAAUUGAUGAUACUCGAUAAGUCACUUUUGGAAAAGAUUAUAACACUUCAAAGGUUGGAUUAUGAAUACUCCUAUUGGUACCUCUAUAAUGCAGCCAUGUCAGCAGACAUUAAGCUCUACAAAAAGGUGCUUUCCCUAUGCUCACCCAACACCUACCAACUAGUCAAUCUCAUUUUAUUAGUGGUCAAUGCAGGUCACUAUGAAUUUGCAAAGAAAUUAAUCAACAGUUCAUCGAUAAGCUUGAAUAAUGUGACACCUAAAUUAUUGAAACAGUUAAUGAAUAUACUAUUUCCAUUAUACUUUGAUUUAAUCAACAAAGAUCAUAGCCAUCAAAAUAUGGCAAAUGUCAUUUUGGAUCUAGUUCCAUCCCAAGACAGAUCAGAUAUUCUUUACUAUGCAACAGAUUUGACAGAUGAACAAUUGAUGGCACUUUGGAGUGGUCCUUUAUAUUUGGGUACAAACUUGAAAAAUUGGUUGUACGAACCAUCUAAACAUUUGAAACAUUUAAAGUACGAUCAAAAGUUCUUUAAUCAUUUAGAAAGAUUAUAUCGAUUCUAUCAAAACCAUUCAAACAUUUACAAAGUAGUUGAAGGAUCUCCUCCUGCUCAACUCGAUGCAAAUGAUCCACCUCCAUUGACCAUCGAAUAUAUUGGAAUAUGGAAUCAAUGUUUGGAUAGUUAUUAUUACAACAAUAGUGAUGAUACCAUCACAUUUGUACGUCGUUAUACUCAACAAGAAUAUGAUGAUUUUAUUAAAUUGGCUACCUCUGUUGCUUUUGUUCCAAACAAACUUAUUAUAAUGGAAGAUGCUAAUCAUCAAGAAUCGUAUACGGUUGCAUCAUCGUCAUCAUCAUCAAUAUUCAAAGUUAUAUUGAAUCAAUUUUAUCUUAGAAGGCUGAUAUUCAAUCAUGUUAGUUCUAUUCACAAACAGUUGGGUAUUGAAGCUGUUAGAUUAUCAUCUCUUCAUACAAUACUAGAAUAUAUUCAAUAUGGUUUGAAUGAUCUAUUCUUUAAACAAAUAGAUAUACUUUGGAGUUUGAUGUUUGCAUCAUCUGAUGGUAUUUAUAGAGCAAAUAAUGAUAUUCUAAUUAAAAUGAUAGCAACAACAAUUGACUAUCAUAAUCAUCAAGUAUUGGAAUACCUAUUAAAUAGAAUCAAGAAUGAAAUGGGACCAUUUCAAACAACGGUUAUGAUCGUGUACACUGGUUCUGAAUACCAAUUUGAAGUAGAUUAUCUAUCUUUAAAAGUAUAUAAUCUGUUGGUUGAUGAUAAUGUAUUCAUAGAUUCAAACCAUUUAUUACAUAGAAUGGCAAAGACUGCUGUAUCGUUGAUUGGUGAUGUCGAUGGGAUAAGAAACUUGUUCAAGAGAUACAAUCUUUCAAACCUCGAUUAUCUAUUUAGCAAUGAUGAAAAGUUCAAGAAAAAGACAGAUAUCGAAUUGAUUGAACUGUUCAAUGUUGUGGAAACUGUUAACAAAUUUGGAGAGGAUGAUAUUGUUUUGCCAGCCAUUCUCCAAGACCGUCUCAAAGUCAUCGAGCACUUGUCAAUGAAACCAAAACCUCUUUUAGUAGGGGGAAACCCCUUUGAAUGUCCUCCACAACUCUUUUCACCAUACUCUUCCAAAUCGAUUCGAGACAAUGAGAGAAAGAAAGAAAUCCACAAGAUUAUAUUAUUGUAUUCGAAUGGGUAUGACGACUUUAUUCAAGGAAUUGACGACCAACGAUUAAUGGACAAGAUUAAAGAUGGAACAGAUAUUGAGUAUCUACGAUACAUAUCAUCGCCCGAGACAACCACAGACUCUACAGAUCAUUUCAAGCAAUUGGCUAAACGAAAUUAUUUAUCAUCUCGGUCACUGGAAUCUGAAUGUGCAGAAGAGGUUGUCUCAUUGUUCUUGGAUCAUGCACGUAUGGAUAGUACUUUUGAAAUGAAUAUCGGUCAUAUCCAGGGGAUUCCUCCAGUCCUUUGCUCGCGUCAUUAUAUCGAUCUCUUGUCUCUGCACGUUGGUUAUGUUAGCUAUGGUACCUGUAAUAUCGUCCGAUCGGCACUCCAACAUGCGACCACCACAGGAAACAAUCUCUAUGACCACCUCGACUAUGUCCUCAACUCCAAGUUUUGUGAGAAACUCUACCUCGACGUAGCAGAAGGGGUUGCAGCGGUCAUCGAGAUGGGUGGUACCGAUACCGAUCGUUUGAUCGAGCGACUGGCCACAUUAACCAAAAGAUCUUCAGGAAGGUGUCAUUUCCCAAUGAAAUCGGUUCACAAGUACACACAACAAGAUUACAAAGGACGUGAUCAAUUCAUAUCAGCAGUUAAAAGAAUACUCGACAAGAUAGAUUUCGAUGAGCAUUAUGGUCAACCCAUUUUCCGGUUUGGAAGUGAGAGUCAAUUGAUGAUACUCGAUCCAGCACUACUGGAAAAGAUUAUAACACUUCAAAGGUUGGAUGAUGAAUACAACUCUUGGUAUCUCUAUAAUGCAGCCAUGUCGGCAGACAUUAAGCUCUACAAAAAGGUGCUUUCCCUAUGCUCACCCAACACCUACCAACUAGUCUAUCUCCUUUUAUCAGUGGUCAAUGCAGGUCACUAUGAAUUUGCAAAGAAAUUAAUCAACAGUUCAUCGAUUAACUUGAAUAAUGUGACACCUCAAUCCUUAAAAGAGACAAUGGAUAUUCUAUUUAAAUUAUAUUUUGAUUUAAUCAACAAAGAUUCACAACAAUCAAAGGCUAUGGGUAGUGACAUCAAGUCAAUCGAUGAUCAUAGCCAUCAAAACAUGGCAAAUGUCAUUUUGGAUCUAGUUCCAUCUCCUCAUAGAUCCCAUAUUCUUUACUAUGCAACAGAUUUGACAGAUGAACAAUUGAUGGUACUUUGGAGUCGUCCUUUAUAUUUGGGUACCAACCUUAAAAAUUGGUUGUACGAACCAUCAAAACAUCUCGAACUUUUAAAGUACGAUCAAAAGUUCUUUAAUCAUUUAGAAAGAUUAUAUCGAUUCUAUCAAAACCAUUCAAACAUUUACAAAGUAGCUGAAGGAUCUCCUCCUCUUCAACUCGAUGCAAAUGAUCCACCUCCAUUGACCAUCGAAUAUAUUGGAAUUUGGAAUCAAUGUUUGGAUAGUUAUUACUACAACAAUAGGGAUGAUACCAACACAUUUGUACGUCGUUAUACUCAACAGGAAUAUUAUGAUUUUAUUAAAUUGGCUACCUCUGUUGCUUUUGUUCCAAGCAAACUUAUUAUAAUGGAAGAUGCUAAUCAUCAAGAAUCGUAUACGGUUGCAUCAUCGUCAUCAUCAUUAUUCAAAGUUAUAUUGAAUCAAUCUUAUCUUAGAAGACUGAUAUUCAAUCAUGUUAGUUCUAUUCACAAACAGUUGGGUAUUGAAGCUGUUAGAUUAUCAUCUCUUCAUACAAUACUAGAAUAUAUUCAAUAUGGUUUGAAUGAUCUAUUCUUUAAACAAAUAGAUAUACUUUGGAGUUUGAUGUUUGCAUCAUCUGAUGAAUCAAGAAUGAGAUCGGACCAUUCAAACUAUGGUUACUAUCGUAUACACUCGUCUUCAACAAUACCGAAUCGAGUAUCUAUCUUUAAAAAUUCAAACCAUUUAUUACAUAGAAUGGCAAAGACUGCUGUAUCGUUGAUUGGUGAUGUCGAUGGGAUAAGAAACUUGUUCAGGAGAUAUGAUCUUUCAAAUCUUCAUUCUUUAUUUAAAAAGAAUGAUCAUUUACCAGCGAUUAAAUACUUGUACAAGAAAAAGACAGAUAUCGAAUUGAUUGAACUGUCCGAUGUUGUGGAAACUGUUAACAAAUUUGGAGAGGAUGAUAUUGUUUUGCCAACCAUUCUCCAAGACCGUCUCAAAGUCAUUGAGCACUUUGUUAUGAAACCAAAACCUCUUAUCGUAGGGAGAACCCCCUUUGAAUGUUCUCCACAACUCUUUUCACCAUACUCUUCCAAAUCGAUUCGAGACAAUGAGAGAAAGAAAGAAAUACACAAGAUUAUAUUAUCGUAUUCGAAUGGGUAUGAUAACUUGGUUCAAGGACUUGACGACCAAGGAUUGAUGGACAAGAUUAGAGAUGGAGCAGAUAUUGAGUAUCUAAGAUACAUAUCAUCACUCGAGACAACUGAUGCCACAGAUUUCAAGCUAUUGGCUGGAGGUUGGGAUAUAGAUCCGUCACUGGACUCUGAUUGUGCAGAGGAGAUUAUCUCGUUGUUCUUGGACUAUGCAAGUUUGGAGAGUACUUUUAAAAUUGGUAUCAGACAAAUCAAGAGGUUUCCUCCAGUACUUUGCUCGCGUCAUUAUAUCGAUCUCUUGUCUCUUCACGUUGGUUAUCGUAACUAUAGCAUCCGUGAUAUCGUCCGAGCAACACUCCAACAUGCUACCAACACAGGAAAAGGUCUCUAUGACCACCUAGAUUAUGUCCUCAACUCCAAGUUUUGUAGAAAUAUUUCCCUCGAUUUAGGAGAGUCGGUUGCAGCUGUCGUCGAGAUGGGUGGCAUAGAUACUGAUCGUUUGAUCGAGCGACUGGUCACAUAUGCCAAACACUUUUCUGGAAGGAGUCAAUUUCCAAUGGAGUCGGUUCACAAGUACACACUAAAAGAUUACAAACUACGCGAUCAAUUCAUAUCGGCUGUUAAAAGAAUACUCGACAAGAUAGAUUUCGAUGAACAUUAUGGUCAACCUAUUUUCCGGUUUGGAAGUGAGAGUCAAUUGAUGAUUCUAGAUCCAGCACUACUGGAAAAGAUAAUAACACUUCAAAGUUUUGGAUCGGAAUACUCCUACUGGUACCUCUAUAAUGCAGCCAUGUCUGAAGACAUUAAGCUCUACAAAAAGGUGCUUUCCCUAUGCUCACCCAACACCUACCAACUAGUCAAUCUCCUUUUAUCAGUGGUCAAUGCAGGUCACUAUGAAUUUGCAAAGAAGAUUAUCAACAAUUCAUCGAUAAACUUGAAUAUUGUGACACCUAAAUUAUUGAAACAGUUAAUGAAUAUACUAUUUCCAUUAUAUUUUGAUUUAAUCAACAAAGAUUCACAACAAGCAAAGGCUAUGGGUAGUGACAUCAAGUCAAUCGAUGAUCAUAGCCAUCUAAACAUGGCAAAUUUCAUUUUGGAUCUAGUUCCAUCUCCUCAUAGAUCCCAUAUUCUUUACUAUGCAACAGAUUUGACAGAUGAACAAUUUAUGGCACUUUGGAGUGGUUCCUUAUAUUUGGGUACAAACCUUAAAAAUUGGUUGUACGAACCAUCAAAACAUCUCAAGAAUUUUAAAUACGAUCAAAAGUUCUUUAAUCAUUUAGAAAGAUUAUAUCGAUUCUAUCAAAACCAUUCAAACAUUUACAAGGAAGUUGAAGGACCUCCUCUUCAACUCGAUGCAAAUGAUCCACCUCCAUUGACCAUCGAAUAUAUUGGAAUUUGGAAUCAAUGUUUGGAUAGUUAUUAUUACAACAAUAAUGAUGAUACCAACACAUUUGUACGUCGUUAUACUCAACAAGAAUAUGAUGAUUUUAUUAAAUUGGCUACCUCUGUUGCUUUUGUUCCAAACAAACUUGUAAAAUAA